UUUCGAUGAAUUUGAACCCGAAAACUGAACUUCAACUAAUCGAUUUUAUGUCCACUUCCACUGGUUUGAAGUUACAUGAAUUGAGAGUUAUCUGCCCCUUGAUGUUAGUAAACAAAUGACAGACGCUGCACGUGCUAGAGAACACCAGCUGGUGUUAAUGAUUCAUGCAGCCGUCAACACGGUGUCGGUUACAGCAGUGACACGCUGUCGCCAUGGAUCACCUCCUCUCCUUCCUCCUGCUGAUGGCCUCGCUGUGCACGGCGGCGACGGCGGCGACACGUCCACACAUCAUCCUCAUUGUAGCAGAUGAUCUGGGUUACAACGAUGUCAGCUUCCAUGGGUCUGAUCAGAUAGCCACCCCCAACAUCGACAGCCUUGCCUACAACGGCAUCAUUCUCAACAACUACUAUGUGUCUCCAAUAUGUACACCAACUAGAAGCGCGCUCAUGACCGGCAGACACCCCAUACACACAGGUAUGCAAAACGGCGUGAUAGUCGGAGAUUCACCAUACGGACUUCCCCUCAAUGAGACCAUCAUGCCUCAGUACUUUCAGGAGCUUGGAUACAGACGACACAUCGUUGGCAAGUGGCACCUGGGCUUCUUUGCGAAGGAGUACACCCCCACGUACCGCGGCUUUGAGUCCCAUCUUGGUUACUGGCUUGGUGCGGAGGACUACUUCGACCACACGGCUGAGGCAAACAUGAAACAAUGGGGGCUGGACUUCCGCCGGAACAUGGAGGCUCUGCACGACCAGUAUGGGAACUACUCCACGGAGAUCUUCACACAGGAGGCAGUCAGCAUCAUCCACAACCACAACCCAGCUGAGCCCCUUCUACUGUACCUGCCUUAUCAAGCAGUCCACAGCGGCAACCCUAACGCCUUCACACUCCAGGCGCCCAAGAAGUACGUGGAUAGGUUCCCUCACAUUGAGAACAUCAGGAGGAGGCUACUUGCAGGCAUGAUAUCUGCACUGGACGAUGGCGUAGGGGAGGUGAUGAAGGCUCUCGGAGACUCUGGUCUCCUCAACAACUCCAUCAUUGUGUUCACCACGGAUAAUGGUGGCCCGUCAAAUGGCUUCGACUUUAACGCAGCCAGCAACUUCCCUCUCAGAGGGGUGAAAGCCACACUUUGGGAGGGAGGAGUGCGAGGGGUGGGCGUUGUCCACAGCCCCCUGCUACAGAAGUCUGGCUACGUUUCGGAGCAGAUGCUCCACGUCACCGACUGGCUCCCCACACUGUACCGAGCAGCCGGGGGCGAUCCCCGCAAACUGAAACACCCUGAUGGCUUUGACUCAUGGGAAAUGCUGUCGACCAAUGGGAAGCCCGUUAGGACUGAAAUGCUGCAUAAUAUAGACCCGAGAUCUCGUUUUGGCGGAUUGAGAGUUGGUGACUACAAACUGUUAACUGGUGACGUUGGAAUGAACUGGGAUGGGUGGUAUCCACCAUGGCAGCUGACUUCAGACAACCUGUAUUUCCAUGUUGAUAACUACACGAAAGGCGGAUUCCCUCGUGAAUACACCUCAAGUCACGGUUAUCUGCCAAAACAAAACAGCGGUAAAUCACGUCGUAGCCAGUUUUCUCCAGUCACAGUUAACUGUGGUCCUAAACCUGCCAAUGCCAGCACAAACUGUGACCCCACGAAGUCGCCGUGUUUGUUUCACAUACCGUCCGACCCGUGUGAGUUCAACAACAUCGCGGACGAGAGGAAGGACAUUGUGAUCCAGCUGCUUACCCGUCUGGAGCAGUACAGCUACACCAUGGUUCCCCCUGUCAACAAGCCCUCGGACGACCGUGGCAACCCCUCGCAUCACGGAGGGGUGUGGGACCCGUGGGUUAACUUGUAAUACAUCAGUCUGAAAGAUGAAAUGAAGCCUGGUUUUAAAACAUUGGUGAUAGCAUGCGUUUUUAUUUUUGGUAUGAAGAAUGUGUUGUCCAGGUGGCAAGAAUACACACUGUUUUUAAAAAUACUGUCAAUUGUGUGGUUUUUUUUGGGUUUUUUCAUCCAUCAUUCAUGAAAAAUUAGUCUUAUACAUGACAAUAUCAGUCCUAUUACAUAUGACAAUAUCAGUCCUAUUACAUAUGACAAUAUCAGUCUUAUUAUACAUGACAGUAUCGGUCUUAUUAUACAUGACAAUAUCAGUCUUAUUGUACAUGACAAUAUCAGUCUAAUCAUACAUGGCAAUAUAAGUCUUAUUGUACAUGACAGUAUCAGUCUUAUGAUACAUGACAAUAUCAGUCUUAUUACAUAUGACAAUAUCUGUUUAUCAGUUUUAUUAUACAUGACAGUAUCGGUCUUAUUGUACAGUAUUUGUUUACCUUGUAUACUGGCCUUGUCUGUGAAGCCAGUUCUCCAGAUCUCCUGUCACAUUCAUUUGGUUUAUGUCUGUUUUCAUCCCAGCUGCACAAAUCAAAUCAAAACAAAUCUAUUUUGUUCCUUCAACCUAUGUAAAUUAUCGGACAUGGUUCUAUUGUUGAAUGCUUUAAACCUACCAACUUACUGCUGAUCAGGAUGUUUGUGCACAGAGCCUUUUAGGACAAGAAUCUUGUCUACACCAGUAUCAGACAGUGUAAAAAUUGGCUGCAUAUUGGUUUUAAGUGUUUCCUGUGGCAGUCAUAUUGAAAUUUCAAUGGGAAUAAUUUUAGCUGAUGAUAUAUGGGAGAACUGAGAUUGAAACAACAGAAGAUAUUUGAGAAUGGUGUCUGUUGCUUAAAUGCACUACGUACCAGUUACCGUAUUACUGGUAAUAUAAGUACCCUGCUCUACCAACUUCAGACCAGUCUCUGAGUAAUCAUGGUAAGUGCCCCCUUCAAAGACCAAAAUAACAUGCCAGUCCAUAUUUUCAUGUGUAUGUUACAGAUAUUUUUACAAAAAAUAGCUGUGCAGAAGAGGUAUAUAAUUGCCUAGUAACGUUUAUCAAAAACAGUGUGAAAUACAGCAUGCAGAAAUAGUUUAUUGAAAGUCUGCAGUGGGAUUUCUAGUUACGGCCUCAUGGUAAUGACUUGAUGUUUACAUGUCUCUGUUAUAAUGUAUUACGUAUUAUAUGUAUUAUGUUCAGGGAUUUUUAGAGGCGUUCUCUGAAACCAUUGUUGGUCAUAAAGUCUACAGCAAAAUGUUUCAAAUUGUUUGAUAAGCAUUUCUUAGAAGUUGACACGUGACAAAGUAGUCACAAUUUAUGCAUAACAACUUCUUUAUUCUACUGUAGUGGUGACGUUUAAGGUAUAAAUCCUUAUACCGUUGUCAAGCAAGGGCGUCGCAAUACUGUAAAAUAAAGAGGUUGUUACCCAUAAAAUUUGUCUACUUUGUAAUUUUUUAAAGUUUACCUCUGAAUUUCAGAAAAAAAUUGAGAACAAUUUCUAUUGAUGACAAGUAAAGGUUUUUCCAUUCUGCCUUCCAUAGGCAUUUAGUUUAAUAAUGCUGGCUAAUCAGUGACAAUCAGGGACAAAUGGAGUUCCAGCUCAUUGUUUUUGAUCAUUCUGUUCUGUAAGGGCAGAAAUAUUGCACACAGCUUUGAUGGCACAUGACUACCUAAAUCCCCAUUAAACAAUCAAUAUUUGAGAA